AUGCUGGGACGGCCGAUCGUUAAGCUGCUUUCGAGAGCCAUCAAAGCGUGUUGCCUACUUUGGCCUUCGGUGGUGGGGGUCCGAAAGGAGUACAAAACCAGGGGUGGAACUUAUGUAGGAGCUGAUGGCAUAGACUUGGAAAUACAGGCAGGGAAGAUGACAGCAUUAUUAGGUCCUUCUGGCUCAGGGAAAACCACGCUCUUGCGGCUCAUCUCAGGCUUGGAGGAGCUUACAGAAGGCAGGAUUUUCUUUGACGAUGAGGACGCGACAGAGCUGGCGGUGCAGGAGCGGCAGAUAGGCUUUGUGUUCCAGAGCUACGCGCUGUUCAAGCACAUGACCAUCGCCCAGAACAUUGCUUUUGGGCCGCGCAUCCGCCGCAUGGGCAUCGACAUUGAACAGCGGGUGAAUGAGCUGCUGGAGCUCAUAGAGCUGCCCGGCUUGGGCCACAGGCACCCUCCGCAGCUGUCCGGCGGCCAGCGGCAGCGAGUGGCGCUUGCGCGAGCCCUGGCCUCCAACCCACGCCUUCUACUGCUGGACGAGCCCUUCGGCGCCCUAGAUCCCAUGGCAAGAAUCCGGAAGUCGGUGCGCAAGGGGCUGAAGGACAUCAUAGACAAGGUGGGCGUCACCAGCAUCCUGGUCACCCACGACCAGGAGGAGGCCUUCGACCUGGCAGACCAGAUUGUCAUCUUCAACAGGGGGAAGGUGGUCCAAGUGGGAGACAGGGACCAGAUACGCCGGUCACCGGCGACGCCGUUCGUGCUGAAUUUCAUAGAUGACGUCAACCAGCUGCCCUCCAACUGCCAAUUCGUCAAGCGCAUGGGCCUGAAGGCUGACAAGCCCCUGGUCAUGUGCAGACCCAGCAGGGUGGAGGUGUCAGCUACGCCUCCAACUGAAUAUGGCCAGAAAUUCGCGCCGGCAAUCGUGGUGGAUAGAAUAGACAUUGGGUCCAUGAUCAAGUACAUACUGAGGUUUGAUGAUGGUGUGGUAAUAGAGAUGCAUCUGCAAGGCGAGGAGCAUGAAAGAGAGCAGGCAUUCGACCUGCAGCAGCGAGUGUUUGUGCAUGUGAAUGCAGAGUUGUUCUGGCCCUUCACGCCAGACGAGGUCAGCAGCGCUCUCUUGUGA